GAUCACGUGAUCAACGCAUGGCUUCUCCACCACAACAACAGUGAAUGCAUUGUCUGUUUGUUUGUUCACAUAACUGAAGACCACAUCAAACAGUGACCAAACAGUGACCACUCAUUUGUCGGACACAACAGUGAUGUCACCGCAGAGUAAGUCCCGACUGGAAGUGAUUGAGACGACAAAUGGCGGCGAAUGCGCUAUCGUUUCGCUCACCGAUGAAGACCACACUCUGGCCAAUGCUCUCAGGUAUGUGAUGGUGAGGAACAGUGACGUGAAGUUCUUCGGCUAUUCGAUGCCACACCCGAACGAUAACGUAGUGUUGCUUCAGAUCCAGAUGAACGCCGGACUCAAUGCCAUCAACGCCUUGGAGAAGGGCUUCAGAGAUCUCAUGGAUUCGUGUCAACACGUGAAACAUGUCUUCAAUAAAUCCUAUCAACACUUCCAACACAACUCUGGCGCCGAUUGAGCGCCGCAUCCAUUCAACAACACAUCUCUUGUUAUUAUAACUCUUAAUGCAAUUGAAAAAUGUCUUAAUUUAUAAUUUAAUAGUAAAAUUAAUUUUAUUAAAUGAUUGAUUUUUGUCA